CGGUGAUUAUAACCUUGACAAGUUUCUGUCAAUAGCUGCAUUAAGAUGGCAAGCUUUCGCAAUAUCGCAGUUCUCGGCGGAACUGGCCAAGUUGGUCGGCCAAUUGUUAAAGCCUUGAUAGAUGCAGACUUCACCGUCACAGUCGUGACCCGGAGUUCAAGCUUGAAUCCAAAGGAACUCAACGGUACUAUUUUCGUGACUAGCGACUAUACCUACGAGUCACUUGUUAAGAUCUUCGCGGGUCAGGACGCCGUGGUGAGUGCCGUGGCUGCUGGGCCGCCCAUUGUAGCUCAGAAAGUCAUGGUCGAUGCGGCAUGUCAGGCCGGCGUCAGGCGAUUUAUUCCCAGCGAAUAUGGCUCUAGCAGCAUUGAUCAGCCACUUGAAGACUUCAAGAAGCUCAUGGCACCCAAGACUCAAUUGAUUGGUUACCUUCGGGCAAAGUGUCGAUUGCAUCCGCAUUUCAGUUGGACGUGCCUCUCUGGAGGCGCAUUAUUUGAUGUGGGCAUUCACUCUGGAGCCUGGGGUUUCUCGGUGUCAGAAAGAACAGCCACUAUCUUUGACACUGGUGAAGCUCGCUUCGACUCAACGACAAUUCCUACCAUGGCGCAGGGCGUGGUGUCCGUUCUGAAAAGGCCUGUGGAUAGUGCCAACCAAUAUCUGUUGAUUAGGAGCUUCAUCGUUUCGCAAUCAGAGAUCCUCGCAGACUUGGAGGAUAUUACCCAGUCAAAGUGGCGUGUAUCGUACGUCAAUGCCGAAAAUCUUCGCCAAGAAGGCUGGAGGUUACUUGCAGGCGGUAAUCCAAAGAAAGGCAUCGAGAGUAUUGUCAGAGGUGCUCUUUUUCAAGGCCAGAGAGACAUCUCAGUGUCUCAGGAUAUCCUUGCGAAUACACAGCUGGGAUUACCAACCACAAAUUUGCGAGAUUACUUAGAAAGUAUGGUUUAG